CGCGACCGAAACGUCAAUGCGACAACUGACUCUUCGGGCAAAUUCGUUGGAUCGGUGAAGAUACAAAUUGUUGUUAAGUGGCAUUAAAUUGAUAAAUUGUCAAGUGGCGAAAAGAAUCGUUGUCACUUUCGUAAUACGCGAAACUCCACAUUCGCGCGAUCGUGUGAAUAAAGAAAUCAAAUAAAUCACAGAUCGUAAAAGAAUCAAAGAAUAAAUGGGAAACGCGAAGUCCGCGCAAUCCCCCGGGGUUCAAAAAGAUCAGAAGAAAGGUAAUCGCGGCGGCGCAGAUACCAGAAAUGACGGACAAACCGCGAGCGGCAGAGCGAGGGCCGGCAAGGGCGACGCGACGAUUGUACACGACGACAUUCGAGCGACAAAUCCGUUCAUCAUCUUUUUCCUGCGAUUGCGUAACAGAAAACCGAAAGAACACGUCACCGUGGUAGCGCGAGCCGCGGGCAAACUCUGGUGCCAAAUGACGCCGGAACAGAGAAAGAAAUACGUGGACCUCGCUAACGAGGAGAAGAAACGCCGGCAGGAGAGGAAGAGGAAGAGAAAACGUUUGUCCACGCGAACGAGGAUGAGAUAGGGAAGCGAAAGCUAGCGAGAGAAUGACUGAGCACGCGCAACAGGGUGAUUUUCUUUGAGCUCUACUACGCGCCGUGUGUGUUGUCGGUUGACCUGAAAACAGAAAACUGUGAGGCAAUUAAAGAAUUUUAUACACAGAUAUUUUUGAU